CUUGCACCUCUCUAUCUCUUAUUCUUUUUCUCCUUGCUUCACCGAGGAGAUUCAACUUCAGCAGAAAUUGGAAUCUUGGAGAGUAUAUAUUUUCUCCUGGUAUGAUCAUGAUAAGAGCUGUGUUCUUGAAUCUCUUUGUUGGAGCUUUAGCCUGUUUAAGGGUUUUCCUGCUGGUGGAAGCAGAAGACCCUUACAAAUACUUCACCUGGACAGUGAUCUAUGGGACAAUAUCUCCUCUUGGUGUUCCUCAACAGGGAAUUCUCAUCAAUGGGCAGUUCCCUGGUCCACGAAUUGACUGCGUGACAAAUGACAACAUAGUUGUAAACGUUAUUAAUAAAUUGGAUCAGCCCUUCCUAAUUACAUGGAAUGGAGUGAAACAAAGGAAGAACUCAUGGCAAGAUGGAGUUCUGGGAACCAACUGUCCAAUUCCUCCAAACUCAAAUUAUACCUACCAUUUCCAGACGAAAGAUCAGAUCGGAACCUUCACGUACUUCCCAUCAACUUUGAUGCAAAGAGCUGCCGGUGGCUUUGGAGGUUUCAACAUCUACGCAAGGCCUGGAAUAUCAAUUCCUUAUCCUAUACCUACCGACGAGUUUACUUUACUUGUCGGCGAUUGGUAUAAGGCCGGUCAUAAGGCAUUACAGCAAACACUGGACUCAGGAAAAAGUCUUCCUUUCCCUAGUGGUCUUCUUAUAAAUGGUCAUACGAGUUCCUCCUUCACUGGAGACCAAGGGAAGAGCUACAUGUUCAGGGUCUCAAAUGUGGGGUUGUCGACCUCGAUCAACUUCAGAAUUCAGGGUCACCGAUUGAAGCUUGUUGAAGUAGAAGGAUCCCAUACCGUUCAGGACUUCUAUGAAUCUCUGGACGUACAUGUGGGCCAAUCUGUGGCUGUGCUAGUCACCUUAAACCAGCCACCAAAAGACUAUUAUAUUGUUGCUUCUGCGCGCUUCACAAAGCCUAUUCUCACCACAACAGCAAUACUUCACUAUUCCAACUCCCACACCCCAGCUUCUGGACCCUUGCCUAUUGCUCCUACUUACCAUAUCCAUUGGUCGAUGAAGCAAGCCAGAACCAUCAGAUGGAAUUUGACAGCGAAUGCAGCAAGGCCGAACCCUCAGGGAUCAUUCCAUUACGGCACCAUACCAACAGUAAGGACGCUGGUAUUGGCUAAUUCUAAAUCCCAGAUAAAUGGAAAGCUCCGUUAUGCAGUUAACAGGGUUUCGUACGUUAACCCAACCACUCCAUUGAAGCUCGCCGAUUACUUCAACAUCCCGGGUGUCUUCAACCUGAACACCAUCCAGGACAAGCCAACUCCUGGUCCUGUUUUCCUUGGAACUUCCGUCGUAGGAACUGCCCUCCACGAUUUUGUGGAAAUCAUCUUCCAAAACAAUGAAACCUCCAUCCAGUCUUGGCAUCUCGACGGUUAUGACUUCUGGGUUGUCGGCUAUGGAAAUGGGCAGUGGAUACCAGUGAACAGGAAACGCUACAAUCUAUAUGACGCUACCACUAGACACACUGUUCAGGUGUAUCCAAAAUCAUGGAGUGCAAUAUUGGUGUCUUUAGACAACAAGGGCAUGUGGAACUUAAGGUCUGCCAUUUGGGAUAGGCGCUAUCUAGGACAAGAAUUGUAUGUAAGAGUUUGGAACAAUGAAAGAAGCCUCUAUACUGAAUAUGAUAUCCCCCCAAACGCUCUUCGAUGUGGAAAAGUCGUGGGCCAUUAAAAUAAACAAUAAACCCAUUGUUAAUGUAUCUAUGCAUGUGUGGUGGCUUUAUUUUUCAGUCACGAUGGUGUGGCUGCCAGAAAAAGAAAUGAAGAAAUAAGAUUACUGAAAUUAAAAAGAAAGGAAAAGCUUUAGAAGUGUCAAUUUGUUGAGGUUUCUUUCCUAUCAAUGGUCUCAAUUCAAUAAACAUAGACUGUACUGACUUCUAUGAAAACAGAGUUCGCUUAAAUCUUUGUUUCUUCUUUUAAUUUGCUUGUUAGACACGUCCGGACGUG